AUGUCCAACUACAUGGUGUACCUUCUCUUCGUCAACCCGGAGAUGCUGAUGACCGGCGCCAGACGCUUCCUGUUCAGAGAAGCUUACAGGCAGCUUAAGGAGACCCUCAAGUUGAUGCCUCAACUAGAUGAUGGUGCAGGGCCCUUGAGACAUGAUGGGGGCGAGUUCUUCCGGAAGAUAGUUCAGAAUAUUCAACAAGCCAGUGCCACAGUCGAUUCUUUUGGACAUCGUUUCACAUACGGAGUUUGGGUGGAGAUGCUCUGCUUCUCUGCCGGAAGGUGCAGAGGGUACCUGCACGCCAAGAGCUUAGGCAUGGGCGGAGAGUGCCUCUCCUACAUCUGGCUCCUCAUGUCCUACAUGGGGAUGGAGACCUUGUCUGAGCGGAUGCAGAGGACCAAGCUGAAGGACGAAGAUGCAAGAAACAACGGUGGCAGCUCCAAUGGCACAACAGCAACAGCUUCGUCAUCGAGUAUAGCUACCGGUGGCAGUGGCAAUGGGACGGCAGCAGCGAUACCAGUCUCAGCCGCUGGUGGCGGCCACGGAGAUGACACAACAGAGGCUUCUACACCAGUCACGGAAGGCGGUGAUGCAGAUGGGACUAUACCGGCUUCACCAGUGACGACCACAAAUCCCGGCGGCGAUGGCACAACAGCGGCUUCACCGGUAACAGGAAGCGGUGACGAUAAUGACUGA